UUUGGACUUCAUUUCGCCUCCAUUUCAACUCACAUUUCACUCCCAUUUCUUCUCAAAUAAAUUCCCCCGAAAUUCUCCUCCAUUUCCAUUUCAUUUCAAUAACCGAAACUAAUCUCUCUCUCAUGUUUCCACGCUAUCAUCGAUGGAGAUUGAAGCAAAACCCUUCCAUGUUUCAGAUCUCAUUGUUUCGUAAAGUAUAACACUCUUCACAUUUCCAUUCAAAGCUAUUUCAGUUUCUGAAGACACUCGUCACCGUUAACUGAAGCACGUGUGGUGGCUCGGAGAAAUCAAAAUCUAGGUUUUCAAUUUCAUGUUUUGUCAGCUGUAGAAGUUUCAAUUUUCAACUAGCGAGGAGGAUAUGAAAACAUUAACUGUCAAUACUGAGCAUUCUUUUUCCAGUUUACUGGAAUUUGCUUCUAACGAUGAUAUUGAAGGAUUUAAGCUGCUUUUAGAUAAAGAAGGGGCUUCUUCAAUUAAUGAGGUAGGGAUUUGGUACGGUCGGCAAAAUGGGUCUAAGAAGAUUGUUAUGGAUUAUAAAACUCCUUUGAUGGUUGCUGCUGCUUAUGGUAGUAUUGAUGUUAUGAAGCUUAUACUCUCGUAUCCGGAAGCUGAUGUGAAUUUUGCUUGUGGGGUGAAUAAAAGCACUGCCCUUCACUGUGCUGCUUCUGGUGGGUCUGUUAAUGUUGUUGAUGCUGUUAGGCUUCUUAUAACGGCGGGUGCCCAUGUUAGUUGUGUUGAUGCCGAUGGUAAUCUUCCUUUUGAUGUCAUUGUUGUUCCUCCCAAGCUGCAAAGAAUUAAAGCAGUUCUCGAGGAACUUCUUUUGGAUAAUGGUUCUGAUAACGGAUCUGUUGGUGAGUUCUUUGGUCCGGUGUCUGUUGAUGCUUCUAGUCUUGGUUCGCUUGAAAAUGAGAUGCCGUUGCCAUACUCUCCUUCAGUGUCACCACCUUCUCCUGUGGCGAAUUUGAAGUUUACUGAGAAGAAAGAGUAUAUAGUUGAUCCAUCAAUUCCUGAUAUAAACAACAGCAUAUAUGCAAGUGAUGAAUUUCGGAUGUUUUCUUUCAAGGUCCGUCCUUGUUCUCGUGCGUAUUCUCAUGAUUGGACUGAGUGUCCGUUUGUUCAUCCAGGAGAGAAUGCUCGGAGGAGAGACCCUAGGAAGUUUCAUUACAGCUGCGUGCCUUGCCCAGAAUUUAGGAAAGGGACUUGUAGGCGUGGAGAUAUGUGUGAAUAUGCUCAUGGAGUAUUCGAGUGCUGGCUACACCCAGCUCAGUAUCGAACACGUCUCUGUAAAGAUGGUACUAGUUGUAAUAGAAGGGUGUGUUUCUUUGCACACGUUACGGAGGAAUUGAGGCCAUUGUAUCCGUCAACUGGAUCUGCGGUUCCUUCACCACGUUCAUCUGGAUCUGCUCUUAAUGUGAUGGACAUGGCUGCUGCAAUGAACCUUUUGCCCGGUUCACCCUCAUCAGUCUCUUCCAUGUCUCCUCAUUUUGCCCAGCCAAUGUCCCCUUCUGGGAAUGGCAUCUCAUUUUCAAGUGUUGCCUGGGGACAGCAAAAUGUUCCAGCUCUUCAUUUACCAGGAAACAAUCUUCAAUCUAGUCGAUUGAGAUCUUCUUUUAGUGCUCGCGACAUUCUGCCUGAAGACUUCAGUGUGCUUAGCGAUUUUGAUGGCCAACAGCACCUUAUGAACGACUUGAGCUGUUUCUCACAGCCCCACCCUGGCUCUUGUCAGUCUAAAGCACUAACACCAUCAAAUCUUGAAGGGCUCUUUUCUGCUGAGAUUUUGUCAUCUCCCCGGUAUUCUGACCCACCAAUGCCUUCUGUUUUUUCCCCCUCACAUAAAUCAGCUGCUAUGAAUCAGUUUAAUCAGCAUCAAAAUAUGUUAUCACCUAUAAAUAUUAACAUGCUAUCUCCUAAAAAUGUUGAGCAUCCUCUGUUACAGACUUCAUUUGGUGUCCCUUCUUUGGGUAGGAUGUCACCUAGAAAUGUUGAACCAAUCUCCCCAAUGAGCCCCCGAAUGUCUGCAUUUGCUCAUCGCGAGAAACAACAGCUGCGGAGUAUUAGUUCUAGGGACCUUGGUCCAGUAAGUGUUGAACCAAUGUCCCCAAUGAGCCCUCGAAUGUCUACAUUUGUUCAUCAUGAGAAACAACAGCAACAGCUGCGAAGUAUUAGUUCUAGGGACUUUGGCUCCAACGUUCCUGCCUUAGUUAAUGGAUCCCCUACAAGCCAAAGGUCCAAGUGGGGAUCUCCUAAUGGGUUGGCUGAUUGGUCUGUUAACGGAGAUGGUCUAAGUUGCCAAAUGCACAGUGCAUCCUCAUUUGAACGUAAAAUCAACGGGGAACAAGAGCCUGAUCUAUCAUGGGUCCAAUCACUAGUGAAGGAUUCAUCACCUGAGAUGAUUAAAGAGAAGUUUGCAUCUUCUGGCCCUAUUGCAUCCGGUGAUGAACUGAAUUCCAAUUCACAAAUUGAAUCUAUUGAUCAUUCUGUUUUAGGAGCUUGGCUUGAGCAAAUGAAACUGGAUCAGCUUGUAGUCUAAGCAGUUGUUUCUUUUCUGCGUAGUGUGUUCCACCGUGAUUCCCGACACAUCUUAUUAAUAUAGGUAUUUGAUUUCUUAAGGUAUAUAUUCUUUUGGUUCCAAGAAAAGAAUAACAAUAAUUCAUUCAAUAUUUUGCUAGAGCUUAAAAAGAGAUGAACAACUAUCUCUUUGGGCUGAUAUUCAUCAAUACAGCGAGCGAAAAUCCUGUGGAGGUCGUGUAUUUUUCUUCCAAACCGCCCCGUGUUCAGGAUUCUUUCCAUUUCCAUUGAAGAAAGCUAGAUGGUUUACAAAGCAACAGAACCAAUAGCUUAUUUGAUUGAUUUCAAGUGCCUAUAUAUUUAUAAUAUUGAUUUUAUCUUUCUGAAGGAAUAAUUGCAGGUAAUUUGCACUGCUCAAUAUUACUGCUGAUCACUUUGAAAUAGUGAAGUUCAUUAUGUUCAUUCUGUGUAAUAAUUUGGAUUGUACCUGUUAUCAUUUCAUUUUGGAAUUAAAUUGUUAUGUGCUUUA